AAAACCGACGAAUGCGAAGAUCCAAAGUUCAAAACGUCCUCUACUGCUCUCAAAGAAAUCGUGCCAGAAAUCAGAAAGACUUCGCUGACCGUCCCUUCCAUUUGCAGGCUUGUAUUUGCACAACAAUCAAGUGGCAGCUGGUUUUCCUUGCAGCCUGAAAACUGCACACAGUUUCCAUCUCCGCUAUACGUAGGAUUGUGCACUUUUCGGUCUCGUGGGAGUUUGAAAGAAUCCAGCAACAAAAAAUGCAAACCUCUGGCAAAAAUAACUCUCGGAAAAGCGCCAGAUGAGAAAGCUGCUGCUGGCUCCACCUUCAGCUGCAUCCAUUGAACUGCACCACAGCCCCGCGGUUCCGCUUCUGCGGGGACCUGGACUGCCCCGACUGGGUGCUGGCCGAGAUCAGCACCCUGGCUAAAAUCUCCUCGGUGAAGCUGAAGCUGAUCUGUGCCCAGGUGCUGCGGGACCUCCUGGGGGAGCCCAUGGAGUAUGAGAAGAUCCUGAAGCUGACCUCGGACGCAAAGUUAGAGUCAGGGGACGUGAAGGCGACCAUCGCUGUCCUUGGCUUCAUUCUCUCCAGUGCAGCCAAGCACAAUGUAGACAGCGAGUCCCUGUCAAGUGAGCUGCAGCAGCUGGGGCUGCCCAAAGAGCAUGCCAGCGGCUUGUGUCGUUCCUACGAGGAGAAGCAGAGCUCUCUCCAGGACAGCCUCAGGGCCUGUAGCCUGCGAUUGAGCCAGCUGGGCUUGGUGCGCUGGCGGGUGGAUUACACCCUCAGCUCCAGCGAGCUGCAGGAGGUCAACGAGCCCCUGGUGCAUUUGACGUUCAACGUGCAGAACAGGGAGUGCGGGAGAACGACGGCUGUCUCUGUGACUCUCUCGGCUGACAAGUUCCGAGUGCUGCUGGCAGAGCUGAAGCAAGCCCAGACCCUGAUGAACACCCUUCUCUGAGGAGCCAGCCUCCCAUGGGGGGAGUCACGGACACCGAGUUGCUGGGUCGGAUCUGGUGCUUCUGGCUGGGAAGGGGAACAUUUCCCUGCUCUCCUGGCUUCCGGGGACCCUCGGGGUAGCUUCAAUAAAGUCCCGGUGACAAAGCCGA